AUGCCCGCCGCCCCCCACAGCCUGCCCCUCCCAGUCCGGGCAGUCCACCCCCCACCCACUGCCCUCCCUCCACAGCGCUCCGUUCCCAGCGACGACGCAUACCGGCCGCCCCCCUAUAUCCCAAGGGUCCGUGCUACUGGCUCCCGCUCAAGCCGCGCAUCGCCUGCUGGUGCUGGCCUUGGAGAGGAUAUGCCCAUUGCCAUCGACCGCGGCGUUGAAGGUAUUCCUCCCGGGCCCCGGCCUGUUCAUCGUCCAAACGCCCCCCUUGCAUACAUUAUGGGCCAAGCCAUUCUCGCCUCGACCCUCAAAGGGCUCUCUCUCGAGCACAUCUACCGAUGGAUCGAGACCGUUUUUCCUUGGUUCGCCCACGAAGAUAAUUGUGGCUGGAGGAACUCGGUCAGGCACACAUUGUCGAUACACAAGUUGUUUGAAAAGGUCGAGAGGACCGAACUCCACCCGCCGGGGAAGGGCGGCAUAUGGCAAAUCGCAGAUGGAGAGGAGUGCCAUUGGGGAGAGGGGACGUCGUUCACAAAGGCGUUUCCCGUGGGCCAUUUCCAUCAUGGGAAAUGCAAACAGGUGUCGUGGGAAGAGGGCAAAAGUGGCAGAGGCAAGGGCAAGAAGAAGCGCCUGUCCGACAGCAGCGAGGAUGGAAAGUCGGCCAAGAGCGAAUCCACGACUCCCCUCGUGCCCCGCAGUCCCGCGAAAAUCGAGCGACCAGUCGCGCCCCGUCGAAUGAGCUCUGGCACCACAGCCGUCUCUUCCAGCCUUCCCGUCACUCCUCAUCUGGAGACCACUCCUACACUCCCCUCCAUCACGGAGUUCACCAACUUUUCGUAUUCUCCUCCGGCUUACACCUUCCCAGAGCGGCCUUUGGCUCACGGACGAACCCACUCUUACGAAGAAGAGCAUCAAGCCAAACGCCCCCGUUUGUCCUCUGAGACUCUGCCACCAAUCAGCUUGAGAUCCCGCAAUUCCCAGGGCGCCAUUGUGCUGCCUCCCAUUCCUGCAUUUGCGGCCAUGGAGCACCUCCCUCCUCGCUAUUCGGCCACCAACGUAGACUCGUUCGAAGCGGAGGUGGCAUUUGCCUCCCGAUACCGCCGAAUACCUGCCAAGCAGACUUCGUACGAGCGCUACUCCAGCUCCUUUGAAUCCGAAUCCCUUCCGGGGAGUUCGCCUGAGAGCCGAAAGUUUCAAGACUAUGGCUACGGCAACGAGAAGGCAGCAAAGUGGAGAAACAGGGUGGAAGUGGUAGAGGUCGACGACAGGAAUGAUGAAGAGGCGACUAGGAGGACGCCUUGGAAUGGCUUUAGGUUCUGGGUCCCUUGA